AUGCACCAGAAAUUCAAGAAUGCCUACCAGGUGUUCGGCAGAAGUUACAUUACCAAGUUGCUCCAUAACCUCAACGAAACGCCUCAGAAAAGAAACGUUGCCAUGAAGAACAUCAUAGCCGAAGCCGAUAGCCGCAUCGCUGACCCAGUCGGCGGCUCUUAUCGUGUUGUGAAGCAGCAAUGUGCUGACCUAAGCAGGUUGCAGUGGAAGGUUGCACAGCAAGAGUUGGAGCUCCAGCAAUUGCGCCGUCAAGUGAAUGCUAAUGUGGCUAUGGCACAACCAUCUUUGUAUCAAGAACAGGGCUACCAGAAUCUUGGAGAACAGAUCGGCAAUGCAAAUCAAGGCCAAGGCAACUUGCUUCACCAAGGAGAGGGCAACUUUGUUCAGGGUUAUGGUCAGCGAAUUCGACAAGAACAGGCUAGCAUUGAUGCUCAGAGUCGGGCAUAUGUUCAUCCACCUUCCCCUUCAUCAUCAACAGCUUCUUCCAGAACCUAA